CGCAUCUCCAACCUCCCUCUUCCCCGAAACAACAAGACGGGAUGAGUGCCCUGACUCACCACCCCCGAAGACCCAGAUCGAGCUCGGUGGGAAAUGGAGCCCGAGGUCUCGGAGCCCCAGCAGUUCUGGAAUGAACUCCAAGAGAUUGUCUCCAAGUCUUGUGAAUCCGAGGAUUCGAUCGAUGAUGCGCUCAGAGCGUAUCUAAAAUUGACGACGCAGUACAAAGAUGACUUCCUCUCUACCGAAUAUGACAUCUCGCGCUGCUCGUACAAGCUCUUUGCAUCAACUAUCUUCGAGAGUCAUGCGGACUACGUCCGCCGACAGAUCAUCUACUGUCUAUUGCAGGAAGAUGAUCUGAAUACACUACACUUUAUCGCGUCGUUCCUACUCUUCGACGGUCGGCAGAAUGAAGCGGCUUUGCAGAUGAUGAAUGAGGAGGGUGUUUUUGCGCGCCUCCUUGAGCUGAUUCAGUCACUGCGCAGGGAUGAUACGGAUGACGGGGCGGGUCUCCACCGGUUGCUUAUGGAUUUGUUAUAUGAGAUGUCGCGAAUUCAGCGCAUCAAGAUUGAGGAUUUGGUUCUUGUGGAUGAUGAUUUCAUACGAUGUCUUUUCGACAUUAUUGAGGAUCUGUCCUACGACGUGACGGAUCCGUACCAUUAUCCCGUUAUUCGAGUGCUGCUGGUCCUCAACGAGCAGUUUAUGAUCUCGGCACACGAUCCUGUCGAUGAGCAGUCGUCUUCUAGUCAAUUGACCAACAAAGUCAUCAAGGUUCUCUCUGUCUAUGGAAGCUUGUACAAGACCUUUGGCGAGAACAUCAUUCUGCUUAUCAACCGCGAAGCCGAGACAUCUCUGCAGCUGCUGACCUUGAAGCUGCUUUAUCUGAUUUUCACAACUCCCAGCACCUAUGAAUAUUUCUUCACUAAUGACUUGCACGUCUUGGUGGAUAUCUUGAUUCGAAACCUCCUAGACUUACCCGAGGAGGCAUCCGCACUGCGACAUACUUAUCUUCGUGUCUUGUAUCCCCUGCUAGCACAUACCCAACUACGACUCCCACCACACUAUAAACGGCAUGAGCUGAGGAGAUUGCUUAGCAUACUCGGCCGAGGACAAGUCUCGUAUGGAAGCGAGACUGAACAGGAGAAGAUUCUCCACUUUGAAGAGGUUGAUGAGACCACACGGCGACUUGUAAGCAGGUGUGCAACGGUGGAUUGGCUGCGCAAUGUCGAGCAUCCCGAAACCACUACUCCGGUCCAGGAGACCCCUACGCAGAUCGUCACAGCUACGAUCGACACCGUCCUCGAUGACGGGUUACAGCAAGACUCGCCCGUUGAUAUGGACCCGAUUCAUGUCACGCGCACACUUUCCCAUACCAGCACGAACCCCGAUUCACCCGGCACGGCAUCGCCCACAAGAAUGGACUCUCUAGACUCGCGUGGCUCGUCCGAGGCACCCGAUUCUCGACGAAAACUCAGCACCAUUCACCGACUCGGCAUGCAGCUGGAGCCCGCAUCAGCAUCCGCACUCAGUGUACAAGCCGUCGCGGCGCAGCACGAGAAGCCGGGCGUCAUCACACCCAGCCGCAACGGUGGCCGCACCAUUGACCUCGCUGCGGAAGCUCCCACCAUCCGCCCUCCAAAGAUAAAGCCCGAGCCACCCAAAUCCCGACGGUGGCGAGGGCGUCGUCUCGCUGGUGAUGAAGAUGAUCAGCACUCCGCCGGCACGAGUAGUGAACGCAACACCAUCCCCGAAGGUGUCGAGGUCAGCCCGACAUCACCGCACCCGGCGCCCACCACGCUAACCCCGACAAAUCCUUCCGCUAUUGUUAAUGCUACUACGGCCGGCGCGUCCACAGACCGGCGUAACUCUGCAACCACCUCCCAUCUCGUACCGCCAAUUCCAGGGCACGCGCGACGCUCGGCUUCGAAUCCACCCCCAGCUCUCCCUCCACCCCGUCGCUCGACGGGAACAACUCCAUCGACGGGAACAACUCCAGCAACGGGAACAACUCCAGCAACGGGAACGACUCCAGCAACGGGGACAACUCCAACAACAGGAAACACUCCGUCAACAAGCCACCACCGGCCCGUACCAGUCUCGAUAGCAUCUAGCCCCAGUCCAGUUUCUGGGUCUAGUACCGGCAUCACCGUCAACAAGCACGGUCAGAAACCUGCACCCCCCAAAACACGCCGCUGGGGCCGCGGCAAGGCGCAGGCGCAUGCACACACAGACUCCGUCGAGAGUGGAGUCAGUACGGGGUCACAAGCGAAAGAGAGCGAUUCGGAGGCCGUGGCUUUGGCUGUGAGUAGCACCAUAGAUGUGCAGGCUGCCAACGAGGAUGGCGGAACAUUGUCUGAUCCGUUCUCGCCGACGAGUCCCACCAGCCCGACGUUACUUGUCUCAGCGCCGGAUGGAAAGGGCGCGGCGCAGCCGGUGAGUGUUGAAGAGGCAGUGCAGAAUGUUUCCUUGCAUUAAGUGUGAAAGGUAUCAGCUGGACGUGAGAAGGUGGGAUUGGAGGAAUGAAGAUAUGCAUACGUGAAUAUCCAUGUAUCUUGCAUUCAAUAUGACUUUAUUGGGUUACAGUAUUAUCACAGUACUAUGCGCAUGAAUCUGUGAGAAAGUAGAGGAUCGAUCACUCAGCAUUGGAGUAUCGAAGAUAUAUAAAUGAUAGUAUACAAGUAGCACGGGGUCCAUAGUCCAGUCUGACUCGAGUCCACUGCAGUACGCAAAGCGCGACUCGAGGCAGACAGGAAAUGUCUAACAGGCAUGCCCUGCACCAUACUCUCCCAAUCAACAAAAAGAUUAAAAAUACAAAACGCCCUCCAUCAAAGAGUCACGUCAACAAUACAGUACAACCCUCCAAGAAUCCAUCUCAAAUCUUCAACCCCCAACUCCUCCCAACCCCAACGGCCGUAUUUCCCCAAAACCCAACCCAAGAACUCACCCCCUCGACCUUCUCCCUCAACACCUCCUUAUCCGCAAACCUCCUCUCCACAAACGCCUCCGUCUCGACCAGAUCCGGACUCGGGUCACGCGUCAUAACGACCUCGGCACUGGCAUAGAUAGCUCCCAGCGCCAUACGGCGCGCAUACCAUGUUGCAUCGACGGCGGCGUCACCGGCCAAAGUGAGGAUAUCGUUCGACAGGGCGUGGAGCUCGAGGAGGGAGAGGGGGAUAUUUCCGAGCAGGGACAUUUGGGCGAGG